AUGUUGGAGUUUCGAGGGCGGGCAGACAUUGCUGACUUAUCUAUUGGUAAUGAGCAGCAUCAACUUGUUCAUCAUCCUGAAACAACAGCUGUUGUCAAAGAAGAACGUAAAAAAUAUUCAAUUCAUGAUGUACCACGUUUACCACGUGAAUUGACACCAUUUUGUCCUCAUUCACCAGUAUAUGAAUUGGAACAACGUGGACCAUUAUACUUGGGCCCAGGACAUAAACGUGAUACUGGAAAAUAUAAAAUACGUUCGGCAGAUGAUGAAAAUGUAAAACGAGCGAAAAAGCUUGCCAUGGAACAAAGUGUCAAAUAUGUCCUCAUGAAACAACAGCAGCAACAACAAAGACAACAACUAGAUUUAAUCAAAAAACAACAAGCAUUGUUAUUAAUGUGCCGAGUAUACAUUGGUAGUAUUAAUUUUGAAUUAAAUGAACAAAUGUUAAAACAAGCAUUUCAACCGUUUGGUCCUGUUAAAAGUGUUAGUUUAACGUUCGAUCCUGUGACAAAUCGACAUAAAGGUUUUGCAUUUCUUGAAUACGAAUUACCUGAAGCAGCACAACUGGCGAUUGAACAAAUGAAUGGCGUUAUACUCGGCGGAAGAAAUAUUAAAGUUGGCCGACCAUCAAACAUGCCACAAGCUCAGCCAAUUAUCGAUCAAUUAACAGAAGAAGCUAAAAAUUAUAAUCGAAUCUAUGUUGCAUCGAUACAUGCAGAAUUAACCGAACCAGAUAUACAAAGUGUUUUUGAAGCAUUUGGUAAAAUCAGAACAGCUGCAUUAGCAAAAGAUCCACAAACGGGAAAACAUAAAGGCUAUGGUUUUAUUGAAUAUGAUUCUAUUCAAGCAGCACAGGAUGCUAUUAAUUCUAUGAAUUUAUUUGAUUUAGGAGGUCAAUAUUUACGUGUAGGAAAAGCCAUAACACCUCCUGAAGGAUUAUUUGCAUCGGCACAACCUGUUACAAGUCAAAUGCCGUCAGCUACGGCAUUAGCAGCAGCUACCAUAACAGCACAAAUGCAAGCAAAUGAUGUUGAAACAAAUCCAGUAUCUACUGUCACAGCAAUGAAUGCAGCCACAGUAAUGUCACAAGUUGUUAAUAAUCCUUUGGCACAAGCGGCAGCUGGUUUCUUAGGAACAAUCGCUCCAACGACGGUUGCAGCAGCUUUAUCAGCAGCAUCUCUUCAAGGAAGUUCGGCUGCCACAUCUAUCAUAUCAUCCAUGCUCAAUUCAACAUAUUCUUCUAGUAGUUUUAUGUCCAUGCCAGGAAGUCAACCAUCUACAGUGAUGUCGAAUGCAAUAGUCAAUCAGCAAAAUUUUGGUCCAUCGAAGCAACAACAAAAUGAAUCUGUACCUGUCCAACAACAAAAUUUUGAUCCAUCUCUUACACAACAGCAAUCAAUCACGCAACAAAGUACAUCACCACAACCUUCACAGCUUCCACCACCUCCUCCACCGGUUCCUCAAUCGGUACCACCAGUAAGUAAAUUUGAACCAGUUAAACAAGAACAACAACCGCUUCAUGUGGCCAAAUUCUCGUUGAAAUCUGAAUCGUUAACUACUGAACGAAAACUCGAAUUGACCGAUGGACAAAAAAUUCUAUUAGGAAUGAAUAAUGCUGAUGAUCCAACAGCUACAUUAUCUCAACAAGAAGAUUUAACAUUGAAAGGUCGUGAACAACGCCAUUUACUUAUGCAAAAAUUAAAUCAACGAAGACUAGAAUCACGUGUAUGUGUAUUGAAAAAUAUGGUAUCUCCUGAAGAUGUUGACGAUGAUUUACAACAAGAAAUAACCGAAGAAUGCAGUAAAUACGGUGAUGUGAAUCGUGUUGUUAUUUAUAAUGAACAACAAGGCGAAGAAGAUGAUGCUGAUCAAAUUGUUAAAAUAUUUGUAGAAUUUUGCUACAGUAAACAAGCAGAAAAGGCAGCGGAAUCAUUAAAUGGAAGAUGGUUUGGUGGCCGAAUGAUAAAAGCUGAGGUAUAUGAUCAAGCCGCAUAUGAAGCAGAAGAUUUAUCUGGAUAA